CCUGAGAGGCUGCGCGUGCUCCUUCCAGAACACCUGAGACCGCGAGAGUCCGCGCUCGGGGGGGGGGGAACCAUGCAGCGGAAUGACCCGCUCAAAGUUUGACCCUUCUGGAAACCGGCGACUGGAAACUGGGUCAGAGUGGUUUUGUUACUUAACGGCUCAUCGAUCGCGGCCAUGGCUUUGUCUCAGGUCCAAUGUCUGGACAACCACCACGUCAACUCGCGCGUGAGCGAGGGGAAGCCGGAGUUCUUCUACUGCGAGGACCAGCGGCUGGCGCUCGAGGUGCUGGUCGCCGACGGCCGCGAUGCGUUCGCGGACCACGUCCGCGAGAAGGGCGUGCGGGACUUCCUCUCGGAACCGGAGCUGGAGCGGAUCGCGCGCACGGCGGAGGCCUACCGGCCCGGCGGCGAGCAUCACCACAAGCUGGAGAACCCCGGGCCCGGGAACCUCACGCCGGGCUCCGGGGAAUUCGGAGGGGACGGCGAGGUGUCGCUGCAGUAUUGGCCGGACCGCUCGGAGGGCUCGGUGGGGGAGCUGGACCUCGGCUGGCCCGAUUCCAUCUCGUACCGAGGGGUCACGCGCGUGACCGUGCACACGCAACCGCCGAGCGAGGGGCACACGCACAUCAAGGAGGUGGUGCGCAAAAGCAUUGCGUCAGCGCAGAGGGUGAUUGCCGUGGUGAUGGAUGUAUUUACAGACGUGGAUAUCUUUCGAGACCUGCUGGAUGCGUCCUACAAACGCAAAGUUCCUGUGUACAUUAUCAUUGACGUGGCUUCGGUCCCCUGCUUUCUUUCCAUGUGUGGCAGAGCUGAUAUGCACAGUGGACACCUAAAGAAUCUGCGCGUUCGCAGCUGUGGCGGCGUGGAGUUCUUCACACGGACGGCACAGAAGGUGCGCGGAUCACUGAGCCAGAAGUUCCUCCUGAUAGACGGAGACAGAGCCAUCUCCGGCUCCUACAGCUUCACUUGGUCCUCAUCUCGUUUGGACCGGAACCUCAUCACCGUGAUCACGGGACAGGCGGUGGAGACAUUCGACCUGGAGUUCUGUAACCUUUACCUCGUGUCCAGAGGCGUGUCUCUGAACAAGGUCCCCAUGGUCGAUGAGCCGACCCCCGAACUGGUCCUCUACUCGGCUCCUGCUCCGGUGUCAGCCGCUGUUGCUAGGAAGCUCGUCAAUCCAAAAUACGCCCUUGUUGCCACGGGAAACUACACAAGUCCCACCUCUUCCGACCAAAACUCCAGCAACAGGAACUCCCAGAAUCCCAAUGGGCUUAAGGUUAUGAAAAAACGCCUUAGACAUGUCGUUGAGGAGCAACCUUUACAUCCGGGAUUAGCCCACCUGGAGAAAGUGUACCUGAUCCCUUACCUGCCCACCUGGCCGGAGCCGGACCCGCCAAGCGACGUGAUUGGCUUCAUCAACAUUAGGGAUGAAAAGCGAGCCAAUCAGGUUCACUUACAGAGGUCGGAGCGGUUUGAGACCAGCCAGGCAAUACGCUUCAGUGCACCACUUUUUCUACCAGCCAAGACUGAGGAACCGUCUUCAGCUGGAGAUGCAAAGGCUGCCGGAGGAGCAGAAGAUCCCCCCGGCGACACGAGUGCAGACGCCUCUGCUGCUGUGAGUCCCACAGGCAAACAACCCAAGGAGAAAACGCACACCGCUCCGAAUGAAGAUCAAACUGAUGCAACAGGUUCCAGUGAGCCCCCCCGGCAGCCCAGCGCGCCUUCAACACCGGUCACACGCACACCGACCGCACCAUCACCGCCCCAAGUCUCUCCUGAUGCAAAGCCUACAAACGAUGAUCAGCAAACUCCAGCGACUGAGCCCGUAGCGCCUCCUAUUCCUAAACGCCGCACGCUGCAGUUAGUCAUACACCCCGCCCCCUCAGAGCAGCCGGACCAACCACAGGUCUCCUUGAUGAAAAUGGACCAGUUGGAUGGUCCGGAGGGUUUCGCCGAAAAGGGAGCCCACGAGGAGCCGGCGCCCGCCCGGGGCCGGAUGGCGCCGAAGGACGACGGCAGGGACUCUGGCAGCACGGGCGAGGGCAGCCUGGACAGCGUAAAGGUCAUGUGCGACCGGGCGGCCAACGAGGCUCCUUCAAGCAACUCCACGGCAUCGGAGGAGGAGUUCUAUGAAUGUACCCAGUCGGAGCUGAGCGACCCGAUGGUCAACGGGGCGACCACGGGGUCCGGGCGCGGGCAUCGCCUCGGUGACGGGGUCAACGUGAUGGCCCGCCUCUCCCAGAGCAUGCUGGAUCUGCGGCAGACCAGCCAGUCAGAGGAGGGCAGUGCCCUCAUCCGCCAAUCACAGCAGCUCCGCCAACAAGGACACCGGUCCCCUCGUAGGCACAUUGGGCAGUUGUUCCACACCUCCAAAUCGCCAGGUCGAGGACCUAAAGUCAUCAUCGCCAAACCGGGACGUUUUUAUCGCCCCAACCGACCGGAUGUCCAGGUGAUCGGAGGACAUCGGUACUGGCAGGGUCAGGGCAUCCAGCGCGACCACGGUCAGCAGCGUACAGAGAUGCGAUCCAGCCGGUCGCCGCGGCGACACAGCCCGGGUUACAGGAAGACGGAUAGCGCCUCGGCACAGCCGGUAGGCGAGCCGUCAGGGUUGCUAGGAGUAUCUCUUUCAAAACUGAGCAAUUUGAGACACUUGAGGGCGCGAGGGGGCUCAUCGCAGAAGACAGCGUUUGAAAGUAACAAGGCUGACCGGUAGAACUGUUGAGACUACACACGAGGAUGGUUAUUGAUCCUCCUGAAGGAGUGGCAACUCUUCAGUGUGGAAUCUCCUCCGUCUCUGGCAUAUGUUGCCACAUACAAGUACUAUUUAAUAAGGAUAUUUUGACAACGUCGAAAAGAGGAGGCAGUUUGAUUUAAUAUGGGUCGAGAGUUUUGUCAUUUAAGCGCGGAUCGAUCAUGACAUAUUUUGUAGUUUGCCCACCCAGAUUAAAAAAGAAAAUGUUUUAAUUACCUCAACUGCUUUUCUGCUUCAGAAGUGUUUACUGUAAAUAUUAUUUUUCACAUAUCCAACCUGUACAGAUGCGACAUGCAUUGACGACGAUGUCCACCGAUAUUAGAGUCACUGGGAUUGGUUACUGGUGGUGUUCGGGUAGGGCUACUGUGUUGAUAACUGGUAUGUAUGCAAUUUUCAAACAGUGAUGUUGGACAAAACCUGUAUGCCGUAAAUAAAAAGAGCUCUUGUUGCUGACUCGG